AUGGAUGACCGUACCAUUGACUCGAUAUUCCUGGGCUCCCUGGAGUCCCUGCCGCCGGUUAGUUCGAAAAUCGUGCGCAUCUUCACCAGCUCCACGUUCACGGACACCACCAUGGAGCGGAACACGCUGAUGGCCAAGUGCUAUCCGCGCAUCAAGGACUACUGUCGCGAGAAGCACGGCCUGGAGUUCCAGGUAGUGGACAUGCGUUGGGGAGUUCGAGACGAGGCCACCGACGAUCACAUGACCACGGAGCUGUGCAUGCGCGAAAUCAAGAACUGUCAGCGCCUCUCGAUGGGUCCGAACUUCAUUGUGUUUCUGGGCCAGAAGUACGGCUACCGACCCAUACCCACGUACAUUGUCUCCUCGGAGCUGGCUCUGAUCUGCGAGGAGCUGACCUCUAUGGGCGUUGACCGAGCCCUCCUCGAUUUAUGGUACAAAAAGGACAGCAAUGCAGUGCCCCCCAUCUCAGUGCUGCAGCCCAUCUCGUCCAUUUUGAUUAACUUUAACAAUAAGCGCGUUCCCAAGCUGCAGGCAGAGGACCAGGCGGUGUGGUGGGACACCCUGAACAAGAUGCAGAAGCUGCUGCGCAAGGCGGCCGCCUCCCUGGGGGCCAGCAACAAGAUGUCCAAGGAAGAUGUGCACAACUACUUCAUGUCGGUGACCGAGCGGGAGGUGAUCAACGGAAUCCUGAGCGUGAAAAAUACGAAGAACCAUUGCCUGGCUUACGUACGGUAUAUCAACAAUAUCAACCUGCAGAACCUGAAGAAGGCCUCGCUAUUUGUGGACAUCAUCAAUCGCAGUCUGGACACGGAAGCGGCCAAGCUGAUGAGCGACCUGAGAGACACCCGGCUGCCAGCCAAGAUUGAGGCGGUCAAUGCCCAGAAAUACACCGUGGAGUGGAUCGGACGGGAGGGACUGGACAUUGAGACGCAUGAAGAGUACCUGAAUCAUUUCAUCUCGCAUUUCUAUAAGAACGUGGUGAAGCUGGUGGAUAGGGCGAUGCGCAAAGAAGACUCCAGUGCACAGGGGCAGAUAGUAACUGAGAUCCUUCAGCAUCUGCACGCUUGCAACAAUUCGGUCAAAAUAUUCUACGGGCGCGAGGAAAGUUGCGAACGUAUCAAGCGCUACAUGCUGGGGGAUUCAGAUAAGCCACUUGUCCUUUUCGGCGACGGAGGCUGCGGCAAGACCUCGCUGCUCUCCAAGAGCGCUUCCCUCGUGGCCUGCGAAUGGUUCGCCCACGCUCGGCCAAUCAAUGUCAUCCGUUUCCUGGGCACCACGCCGGACUCCAGUGCCUUGACGGCCACCCUGAUUUCCAUCUGUCAGCAGAUCUCUUACAACUACAUGCUACCCUUCGAGAAUAUCCCCGAUGAUCUUGUCCCCUUAACAGCACAUUUUAAGCAAUUACUAACUUACGCCAGCCCCGCCCAGCCGCUCACGCUCUACCUCGACUCAGUCGACCAGCUGACGGGCACCCAAGACUCGAACAAGGUAUCCUGGAUACCCACGCGUCUGCCGCCGCAUUGUAAGAUCAUCAUUUCGUGCGCGAAUGAGCCAGCGAACCCAACGGUGUCCCACGAGUACCAUGUCCUGUGCAAGAUGAUCGACGUCGAGGAGAACUUCAUCGAGGUGACGGCGCUGGGCGAAGAGCUGGCCAUGAACGUGAUCAAGAUGUGGAUGAGGACGGCUUGCAGGGACCUAAACAACUACCAGUGGCGUCUGGUGGCCAAUGCCAUCAGCAAGUGCUCGCUACCAAUUUUCGUGAAGCUCGUCUUCGCCGAGAUCUGUCGCUGGCGGAGCUACACGCGUCCCCAGGAGACGCACCUGGCCAACACGGUGAUGGACUCUAUUAUGCUGCUGUUCGAGCGGGUGGAGAAGCAACACGGCCGCAUUCUCGUCUUCCAUGCCCUGGCCUAUAUAACCGCCUCGAAGUCUGGCCUAUCCGAGAGCGAGCUGGAGGAUCUAAUUUCGUUGGACGACAAGGUGCUGGAUGAUGUCUACCAAUACCACAUGCCGCCGGUGCGUCGUAUUCCCCCUCUGCUCUGGACCCGUAUCCGCAAUGAUCUUCCGAACUAUCUGAGUGAACGGGAGGCAGAUGGGGUCAACGUGAUGAACUGGUAUCACAGGCAAUUCCGAGACACCGCCAAGGAACGCUACUUCAAGAACAUGAACAUGGCCAUUUACUUCCACUCCAUGAUUGCAGAUUACUACCUGGGUAUCUGGGGCGGCGGAGUGCCGAAGCCUUUCAAGUUUACGGAGAUCCAGCGUCAUAGGUUUGGAUUGGCGGACAAGGAGGGCUCGGCGGACCGCAAAGUGCCCAUUCAGCCGCUGGUCUUCAGCAGCAAGGACGGGCUCUCCAAGCGCUAUAAUCUACGCAAGUUUGGUGAGCUGCCCUUCCACUUUGUACGCUCGCGUCGCUUCAAGGACCUGUUCGAGCACGUGCUCUUCAACUACGACUGGCUGCACGCCAAGCUCUCCAGCUGUCCACUUCAGGCAGUCUUGGCUGACUUCGAGGACGCCUCCAGCAACACGGACGACAAGGAGGCCAAACGCGAGCUGAUGCUAGUGGCGGAUGCCUUGCGCCUGGGUGGAGCCAUUCUGGCCAUCUAUCCCAAUAUGCUGGCCCCGCAGCUCAUCGGGCGGCUGCUGCCCGAGAUCGGGGGAAAUCCCAAUAUCAAGAUGCUGCUGCGCGCUUGCGAUCACAGCGGACCCAAGGACUGUGCCCUCAUUCCGGUCAACCAUUGUCUGCACACCCCAGGAGGACCGCUCAAGUAUUCCCUGGAGGGCCACCAGUUCGCGGUGUUUGCUUUCUGCUUAACCAGCGACAGGCGCUACAUGGUAUCAAUAUCCACCCACUUUAUCACCUUCGACCUGUCCACUUCCGAUCUCACCCGCGAUGUGAAUCCCGGAAUCGAGGGUAUUAUGCAGCAGUUGGUCCUGAGUCCGGACAACAAGUGGGCCGCCGCCUACUCGAACAACAACCAGACAGUGCUGCUCAACAUGCUCUCCAGCGAGUUCGUCGUGAUCAACAGCCCCUUUGAGGAGAGCCACGGACCUGUCAGCGGACUCUUCCUGCUCAACCAGAACUUGUUCAUCACCUGCAAGCUUCGUUGGGCUCAGUUCGACAUGCGCGGCAAUCUAGUGGAUACCUUUGAGGUUCCAGGAGACAACGAUGAUUGGGAGAUUUUGACAAUGGAGUUCUUCAAUCCAACGGAUUACAAUGUGGUGUUUUGGUCGGGAUCCAUCAACGACAUGCGUUUGAGGCUGGACUCGUGCCGUGGAGGCAAUUCCUCCAACUCCCAGCGGCUCUUCAGCGCCAUGGUAAUGAACAAGGAGAGGACCAGGGCCUAUGGCUGUGCAAACGAGGAGAACUUUGAGGUGUCCGUCUUUGACUUCAUUGAGGAUGAGGCGACUGGUGAAAUCUGCUGGACUCUGGUGGAGAGUUUGCCGCGAUUCGAGAACGACGAAAAGGAGAUGUUGCUGCAGUUACGCCUGGAUCAGCACGAUCGGAUGCUCCUGGGCACGGCUGGCAAGGGAUUUGUGAUCUGGGACUUUGGCGGCCGGGAUAAGGAAACCGAUGUGGAGUCCCGACUUACAGAGGGCGCCCUCUACCUGCCGCUGCCGCAUGGUGUGCGCAACAUCACCACUCGCAUCAUGCAGUCCAACUCGAUCAUGGUGAGCUCCAAAUUGGAUUAUGCAGUGGCCGGGGUGCGCAAGAAUCUCUACGUGUGGUGCCUCAACUCCGGCCAACUGGCCAAGGUACUAGACGCCCACUUCGGGCGCAUCAUUCAGCUGGAACCGCUGACCAUCGGCAACUGGAACAAUCUGGUCACCUCCUCCAUCGACCGAUCGGUCAAGGUUUGGAACAUCAACAAUAUAUUCGAGAAGGUCCACGUCAUUGAUCGUCACGAGCUGCAAAUCGAUGACAUCAGUCUGUCUGAGGUGGACAUGGCGGUGACCGUCACCCGCAGUUGUGUGGGCGUCUGGGAAACGCGAUCCGGUCGGCUGUUGGCCAAGCUGGCCGACAGUCCUCUUGGAGCCAUCGUCACCCAUGCCGAGAUCACGCCCGACGGCCGCUAUAUCAUAUCGUCGGAGACGGGCAAGUUCCUCGUCUGGAACCGGGUCUCCGAGCAGGUAGUCUUUCGGGAUGACCAGCCCGGCAUCCAGCAGAUCACCCUCAUGGACUACGGCUACAAAGUUCUCACGGUUUCCGUGCCGAACAUCAAUCAGCGGGACAUUCUGGCGGCGGCUGCUGGCGGACUAUCGGAUGAGGCCAAUCGGCUGACUGCCAUAACAACGAUGCGAUCAGUACCAGAGGGUGCGAUCCUUUUCCGCUUCGACUUCCCCAUACGCAUGAUCACCGGCAUGCCCUUUCGGCAAUCGGUUAUUACAGCGGACAACGCCUACAUUGUGGUGGUCACAGUGGACAAAUCCAACAAGGAUUGCCUAGGCGUCUACAGUGCCACAAACGGGGCGUUCGUGUCGAAGGUCCUGUUAAAGGGCUGCUCGAUCAAGGAGGUCAUAUCACUGGUCCCCAUGCCACACAAGGCUAACCAAGUGGCGGUGAUAAGCAGCGAGAAGGGGAGCGUUAUGGACAUCAAGACAAAGAAGCACGUCCGGUCCAUCGCCAAGUGGGGCGGCAGCAUCACCCGGGACGGCAAGUGCGGGCUGUAUGCCCCCACCCGUGGAGGACUGGAAAUGCUGGAGCUGCGCAAGGGCACCACAGUGAAGACCUUCAUUCCCAAGGUGGCCGAGGGCGUCUUCUCCGUGAUCUGCAUCUUUACGGAGAAUGACGAGUAUGUGGCGUACUACCACAGCGGACGUAAGACAAUUCGCGUGUUCCGCACCGCGGACACAGAGAUGAUAGCCAACUAUCGGCUGCAGGCCGAGCUGACGGCGAUCAAGAGCAGUAAGGAUGGUCGCGCCAUUGUGCUGGGCACCGUUGACGGGUGCAUGUCCGUGCUGGCCAUUGUGGAUCCCAAGAAGGAGGAGAUGAUAGAGUACCUCAACGAUCUGCCGUCACGCGACGAGAACUGGAAGGCCAAGCUGGCCAAGAUGAAGGCCCGGGUGGGCUUCAAGGCCGCCAUUCGUGUGGCGACCAUCUCCUCGCGCUAUGCCAAGACCAGCAAGGGCGGCGAGGACGGCGACGAGGAGGAGCUGCUGACGGAGAUAACCGAGGACGUGGUGGUGCCAGUGGCCGACUAACUC